UGAAAUAUCCUUGAUAAAAACUUUCAUGACCCACCAACAAAAUAUUAUUUUUUAUUUCUAAAAUACACAAAUUAGAAGUAUCAUUAAUGUUUCAAUUGAUUAACCACCCUAUGAGUUCAAACAAAAAUAUUAUGAUCUAUAAAAAAUAUUCAGUGAAGUGCUCAAGAUUUGAAUUUAUAAUAUAAAUUUAAACUUGAUAUGUGCUAGAAAGUGAGCCAAUUCCACGCAAGUAGAAUACUAAAACUCCAAGAUAAGAGAUAGUCAAGCGAUGUUUGAGUUUUGAGGAUGGCUUUGCUCACAUCCUGUUGGCUCAUCAUUGAAUCUAUCAUCAUCCCAGAUGAAUUUCUGAAGUGGUAUUGUUUGAGCUUCUACAUCCACCCUUUUUUGCUCUUUCUCUGUCAGAUCUUCCUAUGGAUCAAACUGCUACAAACAUGGCUUCUACCCAUUGUCUCUCCUCCUAUUCAAACCACUUGUUUCGUAGCUUCGAGCAUUUUCAGGUUUAUAACUGGUAUCAUCUCUCUAUUCUCAUUCAUUAGAUUGAACAAUAUUAAAACUGUACAUGACAAUUCACUUCUAGUGGAAGAGACUGUAAGAGAACCAAAUGUGCAUGUUGAUGAAGAUAUAAGCUUGGAGGAGUAUGUGUGUUCUGAUUGCAGUUCCAAUUCAGACACUCAAGAUGUGAAUAUUACUAAGGAUUCAUCAUCCAAUUGUGGUUCUGAUUCACACACUGAAGAUGUGGAAAUGGAUGUGUCUUUGCCAUCGGUGUGCAUCUCUGAUUCAGCCGUCAUGGGACGAGAAUCGAUUGAUGAUCAGAGCAGGGAGGCAGAUUUAGAUUCAUUCUACCAGAAGUAUACUGACAGGAUGAGAUGGUUUGAUUUAUUCAAUCAUGACAGAACAUGUGGUAUAAGUGCAAUUCUGAACAAGCAAUUGCCUCCUACAUGUUCAUUUGAGAGCAUAGAGCAGCCAGUGGAAUUGACCUCCAUCCCACACAUCUCAUGGAGCAAGAUGUCUAGAAGCAAGCUCUUAAGAAGCUUGGAAAAUGACUACGAAUUAGUUUAUGUGGCUCACUCGUGCUUGUCCUGGGAAGCACUCCAUUACCAGUACCAAAAGGUUAGGGCUGUAAUUGCACGCUCUGCUUCUCAAAAUGCUGCCUUUUGCGAUAACGUUGCAGGGAGAUUCCAGAAGUUUCAAAUACUUUUAGAGAGAUUUAUGGAAGAUGAGACGUGUGAGGGCAAGAAGAGGUAUUGGAAUUAUGUUCAAAGAAGAUCAUCUCUGAGGGGUUUACUUCAAGUUCCUCAGGUUUCAGGUUAUAUGGAGGAAGGAGAAGAUGAAACUAAGGGAGAGGUCUCCAUGAGGGCAACAGAAGUGUUAAAGGGCAUAGAGAAAUGCAUAAAGACUUUCUGGAUAUUUGUAAAGACAGACAGGAAGAAACCUUGGUGGAAAAUCAUGAGGGGUUUCUUAUGGACUUGUCCACCAUUGGAAGACCCUAGAGACUUGGAACUCCUAUCAGAUCUCACAAAGACACUCCAAAAGAAGGAGCUAUGGCUAAAGGACUUGCAAGGGAAGAAGAGGUGUAGGUUGAAAAGAAUAGUAAAACCUAUGGAAGAAUCUCAAAAGAAGGAAAUUUUAUUUACUAUGAUAGACAUAAAGUUGAUAGCAAGGGUGCUCAAAAUGUCUAUGAUUUCCACUGCUCAACUCAAAUGGUGCCAAGAGAAGCUCAAUAAUAUAGAGUUCAAAGAAGGAAAAGUUACAAGGACAUGUACAUGUUCUCUGUUUCCAUCUUCUUAAUAUUUGUCUGGUAAUAAAAUUUGUGGCGUUUAAUUAUGAGUUGAAGCAAUUUUAGUUAUGAGCUUUUUUAUGAUGUGUAUAUACAUAUAUAUAUUAUAAAUCAAGCUGAUCUUAGUUAUGUUAUGAAUGAAA